AAUGGCGAUGAAAAAGUGUUUCUUUAGAUUGGACAUGAACGUACUUAUUCGUGCAUUGGUAAACUGCGGACGACGUUGAUCUUCUGCUUACCUGAGAGAAAUGGAUGUGAUGAAACCAACGCUUAUAUAUAUUGGAGGACGAUGCUACCGAAAAAUGCCGUUUGAGCAGAAAAUCGAACAUCAUUCGGACCGUGUUCCAAAGCAACAUGCAAGUCUUUCAGAACGGGUGGAUUGGGAAGAUGACGAAGCUUGCGAUGUGAGUGAAUCUGUUGAGAGGACAGAGCAGGGAUACAGGUUAUCUGUGGAAAUACCAAGCUCUUUAUUUAAAUUUAUCCUUGGAAGGAGGGCUGAAACAAAGAAGAAAAUCGAAAAAGAAACUAACACACAAAUAAUGGUUCCAAGACAGGGAGAGGAGGGAGAUAUUGUGAUAACUGGUCCCAACAGGAGUGGUGUGGUGGGAGCAAGAAGCAGGAUAGAGGUGAUUGCUGAAUCUUCCAGGCAGAAGAUUCCUUUCACCCAUUUUUUGUGUUUUCCUUUGUACAACAGUGACUUGGAACGGAAAAUGGAUGAAUUUAAAGUUAAAGUGCUCAAAGAUUGUUUUGAGUGUAGAGGGAUUGAUGCCAACAUCUUUCAGCUGCCAACUAAGAUUCAUUUAACUGUUGGCAUGCUGACCUUACUGAGUGUCAAAGAAGUGAAAAAUGCAACAGACAUCUUGACACAGUGCUACCAAGACCUUGUUAACAAGUGGCUUCACAACAAGCCAGUAGUGGUUGAACUCAAAGGUGUGGAGUGUAUGAAUGAUGAUCCUUCUGAAGUAAAUGUCUUGUAUGCAAAAGUGCUUGUAAAAGACAACUCUGACAGGCUCCAGCUGUUGGCUAACGCGUUGGUCGAUACGUUCGUGUCUGCCGGUUUGAUGAAACGCGAAUACGACUGUGUCAAGUUACAUGCCACUGUAAUGAAUUCAAAACUUCGUGAUGAUGCCUAUGGAGCAGAAACUUCGACCAAAAGCGGCAGAGGCGAUGCGGCACCAAGAUUUAAAAAGAGAAUAUCAUUUGACGCAAGAAAAGUCAUUAGAUCAUUUGAGGACUUCAGCUUUGGUGAAUAUCACCUGGACACGAUUCAUCUUUCAACUAGGGGAGUCUUUGAUUCCCAAGGACACUAUGAUUGUGCGACUUCUGUUCCUUUACCGUAAAAUCCUUCAAGACAUUAUGAACAUUUGACGAGGAAUUUUUUUGUUCUCGAUUUCAUCAGUUAAUUGGUUUGGUAACACUGACGUUGAAGUAGGAAAAAGUUUAAGAAAGCCACGAAGUGAUUUUUUAGUGGAAUCGACCGUCAUGGCUCACCAUAAGUUACACUGCCUAGUAAUUCAUGGAAUGCAUUUAACGAAUCUUUUCUACUAACUGUCGCAAUACCUAUCCAAACGACACGAAAAGCGGAAAGAUUGUGACAGAAUACUGGAUAAAUGCAAAAACAUGCUUCCGUUUUUGACGUUUCUCCUGUAAAACAACUGUGAGUAGUCUUUGGAACUCACACGACUAUUCCUUAAAAAUAUCGAUACCUCGAACUAGAAUCUCAGACGUGGCCAGCCAGAAUUAUGUUUCCAGAACUGAUAAUCACCGGAACUUUCGAAAAACUGGCCUUGUCAAAUAGACAUAUGAAUGGAUACUUUGUAGAAAUAAAUGACAGCCAGAGGCUGAAUUACCUAUAUACAAUUUAACAAUUGGUUCAUAUGUCAGCGUGCGUUCAUCGAGAUAUGAAGCGGGAAGUUUGGAGAGCACGAAAGAUGCAUAAGAGUUGCUCGAGGCGUAGCCGAAAGCAACUCUAGCUUCUCGAGUGCUCUCCAAACUUCCCAAGUGCUUCAUAUCUCAAUGAACGCACAGCUGACGUAUGACCCAAUUGUUUUAUAACAUUUUCAACCCGAUGGAAAAUCUUUUUCUCGAAGGAUUUGUUUGCGGACGUCAUGAGCGUGCACAAUUGAAGAAAUGUAAAAUGGUUUCCGUGUUUACAUAGCCUGAUGUAAACACGUGGGAGGUUAGGAGAACACGAGAUAAGCGUAGGAAACCACUCCGCUUCGCGUCGUGGUUUCCAGCUUAUCAGAGCGCGCGUACUAUUUGAAUUAUUUUAGAAAGGAAUAUGAAACACGCUCGCACAAUUGAAUUUGAUAAGACAAAUUUACUAGCUAUGUUAUAAAUAGUUGCGAUAAACUGUGAUACAGCACGACACAACUUAAAAGCUCUUAAAAGGUUAAUGCUGUCGAUUUAAGAGAAAACACAAAUAAAAAAUAGGUAUGCAAAGGCAUACAUGUGUCUAGUGCGAGCUAGUUGCUUGCAUGUACUUCAAAUUUUUUUGUGGCAUACAGUUGUUACCUCUUUCGAUCUAUCCCAAUCAUAGCAGACGUUUUGGAGCUUAAAUGGAAACUACAUAUUCUAGGAAUAAUUUAAAUUUGAGUGUAAAAGCGACGGAAUUAGUUUUGGGGUAACAAAAAAUGCAAUUCUCAAAAGCGUAGGGAAAGGCCCGAAAACGAAAACAGAACUUCCUAACUUCAAGUGAGACUCUGCGAUAUUUGACUAUUUUUUGGACUGAUAAUUUUAUUUUUUUAAGUGUUCAUAUGUUUUUAAGGUAGUAUUAAAUCGAAGAUUUUGUCUUUAAAUUAUUCAACUUCCAGAAUCUUUAACACAACGCUAUGGCCGUGAACUUAUGUAAACAACGAUGGUGCAUAUAUCGCCCAGGUCUUGUAAGUUCAAGAAAUUCCUUGGUUUUUUCGUUUUUGAACGGUCUAUCUAAGACUUUUUGGAAUAAAGAGAUAUUUCUUGCUUA